ACACAACUGCCAACUUGUUGCAGACAUGAGACGUGCUGAUACCCGCUCUCGGUCUAAACGUCCAGCGAACACGCUGAGCUCGGCAAGGAAUACCCCUGCCGCCGGAGACGAAUCGGUUGAGGAGGAAGCGGCGGGAACGUCUUCCACCGCUAGGACCACAGUCGCUCCUAAUGCCCAACUGGCUUCAACGAGACUGCGCCAUGAGCUGCAGAUGGCCAGGCAGAAGUUGGACUGGCAGCAGGAGCUGGUUAAAGACUUGACCAAAGAAAGGGACUUCCUGCUGGAACAACUGGCUAUGACAGCAAGAAAAAAGGACAAGGGCAGUCCACCCCAGGCGAAGAAGUGCCAGUCGCAGGGAGCCGACUCAACCGACUCGUCCAAGUCGGGGCCUGAUUCUUCCCACUCUUCUUCCGACUCUUCUUCCGACUCUUCCUCCGACUCUUCCUCCUCGGAUGAGGGACGGAAGAAGCAGAAGAACAGCAGGGGAAAAGGACGGAAGCAGGGGAAAAGGGCAAAGAACCGGAAGGGGCAAGGUGUUUACCAGCGAGCUAAAGAUCCUGAAGAGGUGGUGGCCCGGUACCGCAAGGUGCUGAAAAUCUGCAGGAAGGGAAGAACCAUGGGGGCAGCCUUCAAAGCUGUGGGGGUCGACCGCAACACCAUUGUUGUAAAUGCCCCCAUGGCAGAGCUGUGCAUUGCUGCCCCAGAGGCGUAUGCAGAGCUAAAAGAGAGCGCCCACAAAAAGGAGAAGCUCUCCAGUUUUGCACAGAGGUGCAAGGAUGCCAUAGACGUGGACGAAAACAUUGUUACCCGAAUCAAAGAAUAUAAAGACUCUGGCAAACUUUUGCCAAUUACUAAAAAAAACUAGCUGAUCCCCUUAUUUAAAGUUACGUUGUUGUUGUUGCUGUUGUGUUAGAUAUUAGAUUAUUAGAAUGCAUGUUUAAAGUGAAUUUAUUGUCAGUGUGGUUUUUUAAAUGAAUGUUUUACAAUUUCACUUCAUUCCCUCGAUGCUGUGUUGUGUGUUUUUGCCAUUGAUAUGUUUAACAACCUAACGUUUGAGGUCAUUUUUGGAGUUGUUGCUGCAGAAGUGUCUUCUAAUGGUAUGUCCCUCAGU